UUGCAAUAAGGCUAACGGGCGAUAUUCUGCUGUUUGCGUGGAUGUUGCAUUCCGCCAUGGGAUCGUGCGGGGAAAAUCAGGAGUCAACGUUUUGUAGCGGUUCAGCGCUGGUGCCUCAGCUGUACUGCCCAGAUGUAGACCUUGAUGACUGGAUAUGUACAAGGAAAAAAAAUGUAAGAUGCGGGUGCAGUGAGAAUUUCUACCGAAACAAAGACAAAAAAUGCGUCCGGGAAGAAAACUGCGGAGAGCACUUGUCAGCUCAGGUGCCAGAAGUAUCGCAAACAAAGCCGCAAACUCCAGUGGAGCCGAAGCCUGCUAUACAUCACCAAGAAAGCCAAAAUAUUAAGGACGAAAUAUCACAAAAAACUUUACAGUUUAUUCAAGGUGAGGACACUUUUCAACUAGUACAGAUUUCCCUGGAGUCAUGGUAUAACUUUGAAUGCAUAUGCGUGAAGUCGACGCUCCUUGCUAGUUCUCUCACUGGAGCUGAACGCACGAUGGACUGCUACACGUACGUGAAAUUAGGACAACAGGACGUUGACUUUGAUGUCUCGGAGGAAGAUGGUGCGACAACAAUCACGCUCAAGCUUGCUGAGCGCCUGGACAGCGCAUCGAACACAGAUGACCCGCCAUUCAAUUUGCCAAAAAAAUACCGUGUUUUAGGUGUAGCGAAUGACUGCUUGCUUGUAGGAUUUGGUCUGCAAGAAGAUGGAAACACGCUAUGCAUGCUGUGGAGUCCAAUAGCAGGCGAAGAGAUUGAAAAGAGUCAGUGUUUAGAGAAUUCAACUUCAUGCGCGAACUUGUACGACGUGUGGGAAAGCAAGAAAAAUGACCCAUGCAAGGAACUAGACGGCGCAGAAAAAAGCGAACAGGCAGAGCAGAAACAAGAGACGCCCGUAUAAGCAAGGUAUGAUCCGUAUCCCGCUAACAACAGGAGACAGUGUUGUCGAAUAAAUCGCCUACUUUGUUUUCAUCUUGGGCGGGUGACAACUUUAAAGGCAAGAACUUUGCUCUUGCCCGUCUAUAUGUUCUAUGUUUGUGAGUAACUUCGCAAUAAAUUCACUUGAUGU